UAUCAAAAUGGUCCCCAAUUUCAAAAUCCCAGUUCCAAAAACAUAAAAAAUAUAUAAAAUUUUCACUCAAGAAAUGAAUAAAAUAUAUAAAACAUUUAACAAUUUUCUUUAGCACUCUGCAUGCUCAAACAAACGGACACACCGCUUUAUUGGUUAUGUACAUGUCCUGUUUUCUUUCACAGAUCUCAUUUUCCUCACUAAACUGCUACUGUUUCCUUAGUUUUUUCAGCUAAAAUUAGCUCUGUUUUCAGUGAAAAUGGAACUUUUUUUAAGUCAUGAGUUGCAUGUGAAGUUGGUGGCUGAGACUGAGACAACUGAGAGGGUUUAAUGAAGAUCUAAUCUUUGUGGUGUUAAUGAUCCAAACGGGUCAUUUUUGCUUUUUGGCAACUUUCAGGUGAAUGUAGUGUUUUCACUUGUUAUUUUUUCAAUCCAAAGUUUCUAUUUUGUUUCAUUAUUUUUGUGAAAAAGAUUGGGUUUUUGGUGGUUUAGUAUGAAAAUAUUGAGACUUUGAUUAGUGGGUAUAUGCAAUUAGUUGUGGUUUUGUGAUAUGUUUUUGCAUGGAAUUGUUAGUGCAAAAGUGAGAGUUGAAGCGUGGGGAUUUUGUAAAAAGAUUGAGGUUUUGAGUUUAUUUUGAUUGGUGGUAGUUUUUCUUUAGUUUGGUAGUGAUGGGUGUGUGACAUUUUGAGUAAUUUGUACUAUUUAAGGAGGGUUUUGGGGAUUUGAAUUGUAAUCAUUUUGUGAAGGUUGACACUUUUCCAAAUAAAUGCUAUGUGUUGGGUGAAGAAUCUUUGAUAGCUUGAAUCUUGCCUUUUGUUAUGGGCUUUGCAAAUCAAGUUAUGGUUAGUUGCUUAAUUUUGAGUAUCUGGGGAGGUUGCAUAUUUGGAAGGGAAAAUGCAAUUUAAUUUGAUUGAUUUUGUUAACCUGCUAGAGAUUCUGUUGUCAUAUGCAUUCCCUGUCUGAUCAUGACCAAGGCCGACCGUAAUAGGAUUCUCAAGGAUGCAAAUGGGCAAAUCAGUGAUCAUCUUCGAAACCAUAUUCAUUUAACCAAUUGCAUUCAUCUCAAAAACCAUAUGCAUAAGCAAAGUCCGAUACUGACUGAUAAGUCACUCAUGAGGGACCUCAUGGUUCUCCAGAGGUCCCGAUCACUGAGGGAUCCUUCCGCUAGUCCUCCUUCAUGGCAUUCACCUUCUGUUGCUGAUUUGCUACCUAAGAAAGGAGACAAGGACGUAGUAGAGGGUAGAAGGUCAAUUGGCAGUGAGCGUCGAAGAGAGAGUCGAAGACUUUCCGGUAGCUCGCCGCCCUUCUCAAAUUUAGCACCAUCAAAGGUUGUUCCUGGUGAGCUUAGUAGGGGAAAUGACAGGGUACCGGUUAUUAGUGAUCGGAGCAGCAAGAGUGGAGUUAGGGAUGGUAGGAGAAUUAAGAGAGAAGAAUCUAGUCGGAAAAGCACUAGGGUUGAUUUUCUGAGUGAGGAUGAGGACCCUUUACAAGAUCAAGAUGUUAAUGUUUUAGCUAAUGAUACUGUUUCAAGGAAUUCAGAAUCCAAAUCUAGAAAGAGUAAACAAAAGGGGAAGCAUAGUCAAGAUUUUGGUGUCAGAAUUCUUUCUGAGCAGUUGAAUGAAGUUGCAAUGGACAGUGAUGUAGCUUCUUCUGACGUCCAUCUACAUGGUAGACGGUCUCAACUGGAGAAAACUGGUGAAGCAAUUGAGGCCAGCAUUCGUGGUUGUAGUGGGUUAAAUCGGGGGAAAAGGCGUAAGUUUCGAAGUGCCAGAAGAACUAAGGCUACUCAAUCUAGAGAUAUUAGGGGCCAGAAUGAAAAUUUGUCCGUUGCUUCGAAUUCAUUUAACCAAGGUUCGGCAAGGCCAAGAUAUCGCAUGGAGGAAGAAGAAGAAGAAUAUGGGGGUCAUAGUGUUAUGAGAGAUCCUAGAAAUGGAUGUGGGAUUCCGUGGAAUUGGUCAAGGAUUCAUCAUAGAGGUAAAACAUUUCUCGACAUGGCUGGAAGGAGUUUGUCUUGUGGCCUGUCAGAAUCGAGGUUAAGGAAAGGUGGCAUGGCUUCCCAUGAGAGAAAUGUUGAUAAUAUGCCUGUGGAAUCUGAUUAUUCAAGUUCAUCUAAACAAUCUGAUGCUGAGGCGCUGCCUCUAUUAGUUGAUGUUUCUGGAUCCCAAGAAAGCACUGAUAAUGCUGGUUGGGUGCAUGAUUAUUCUGGAGAGCUAGGCUUAUAUGCUGAUAAUUUACUGAAAAAUAAUGUUGAUUCUGAUCUUGCUUCUGAAGCUAGAUCUGGUGGUCAACAAAAGCUUCGUAAUUGCAAUAGCAGGCAUCAAAAUUUAACUCAAAAGUACAUGCCAAAAACUUUUCGAGAUCUGGUGGGACAGAAUCUAGUGGCGCAAGCUCUCUCGAAUGCUGUUGUGAGAAGGAAGGUUGGCUUGCUAUAUGUAUUUUACGGGCCUCAUGGUACAGGAAAAACCUCAUGUGCCAGAAUAUUUGCCAAGGCUUUGAAUUGUCAAUCUCUGGAGCAUCCCAAACCCUGCGGCUAUUGCAAUUUUUGCAAUGCACAUGAUAUGGGUAAGAGCCGAAAUAUAAAGGAAGUUGGUCCGGUCAAUAAUUUUGAUUUUGAGAGCAUUAUGGAUCUGCUUGAUAACAUGAUUAUUUCCCACCUGCCAUCGCAGUACAGAGUUUUUAUUUUUGAUGACUGCGAUACUCUAUCUCCAGAUUCCUGGAGUGCGAUAUCAAAAGUCAUUGAUCGAACACCCAGACGUGUAGUUUUUAUCCUUGUCAGCUCAAGUCUUGAUGUUCUACCCCAUAUAAUUAUAUCCAGGUGCCAGAAAUUUUAUUUCCCAAAGCUGAAAGAUGCUGAUAUUAUAUACACAUUGCAGUGGAUUGCAUCGAAAGAAGAUAUUGAUAUCGAUAAGGAUGCACUAAAACUCAUUGCAUCACGAUCAGAUGGAUCAUUGAGGGAUGCAGAGAUGACUCUAGAACAACUGAGUUUGCUUGGUCUGAAGAUUUCUGUUCCUCUGGUUCAGGAACUGGUCGGGCUUAUCUCUGAUGAAAAGUUGGUGGAUCUUCUUGAUAUAGCAUUAUCUGCAGAUACAGUUAACACUGUGAAGAAUUUGAGAGUCAUAAUGGAAACUGGUGUGGAGCCAUUAGCUUUAAUGUCACAGCUUGCUACAGUUAUCACUGAUAUAUUAGCUGGUAGCUAUGACUUCACAAAAGAAAGGCACCGAAGGAAGUUUUUCCGACGUCAACCAUUGUCUAAAGAUGAUAUGGAGAAACUACGUCAAGCGCUGAAAACUUUGUCGGAGGCUGAAAAACAACUUAGGAUGUCAAAUGACAAAUUAACAUGGUUAACAGCUGCAUUGCUUCAACUUGCUCCCGAUCAGCAGUAUAUGCUGCGUGGUUCGUCUACAGAAACUAGUUUUAAUCAUAGUCCUUUAACCCUGCAUAACACGAAUGGAAGAGAGACAGUCAGGAGAGGCGGUGAACAUGCUGAGAUACCCAAUCAUGAUAGAGGCUUGUUGACACAACAUAGAUCAGAAAAUUAUCCUGUUGGAACUUCUGGUGCAUCAGCUGGUAUUAGUGUGGAUAGGAAGCGAAGUGCAGGGACUGCGGUGGCUCCUCAGAAGACAUCUGCAGUAUCUUCUGAUACAAUUAGAGGGAAUAAUAGACUUAUUUCAGGCAAAAGCUGCAAUCGAUAUGAAGAGAUUUGGUUAGGGAUGAUUGGGAAGAUUCAGUUUAACAGUAUAAGAGAGUUCUUAUAUCAAGAAGGGAAGCUGAUCUCUGUCAGUUUUGGUGCAGCUCCAACUGUACAGCUAAUGUUCAGUUCGCAUCUCACCAAAUUGAAGGCGGAAAAGUUUAGGGCUCAUAUUUUGCAAGCUUUCGAGUCUUUUCUUGGGUCGCAGGUUACUCUUGAAAUCCGAUGUGAAUCAGAUAAAGUCACAAGUGAAGGUUUCCAUGCGCCUCUUGUAUUACCAGCUUCUAUAAAUGCUUUGUCGCAGUGUCAAACGGCUGUUGAGCCAGAGUCUGGUGCUGGAAGAAGUGAAAUUGUGGAAUUGCCAGCUUCUCCCCGGGAAAUUAAUGGUAUUGGACAUUUCGACAACAAUGCAGAAUCUAGUAAACGAGCUUUACAGCGUGCAAGGGUGGGAGAAACAGUCAGCACUGGUUCCAUGUCAGAAAGAAGGAAACUUGGCGAGCCAAGUCAGAGUAUGAGCCUCGUGAGAGGCAAGGUUUCUCUUGCACAUGUAAUUCAGCAGGCAGAAGGAUGUAAACAAAAUGGAUGGUCCAAGCGUAAAGCAGUUUCGAUAGCUGAAAAGCUCGAACAAGAAAAUUUGAGACUUGAACCUAGAUCACGAAGCUUACUAUGCUGGAAGGCAUCUAGAGUAACUCGUCGAAAGCUUUCUCGGUUGAAAAUCCGGACGCGUAGACCUCAUGCGUUGCUGAAGCUCGUCUCUUGUGGAAAAUGCUUCUCCUCUAAAUCUCCAAGGUAGAAGAAAAAUAAUGAAAUUUCAAUGGCCUUCAAGUUAUUUAAUUCUGUAAUUAAACAGUUUAUUGCCAUUUACUUAGUAGGCAAAGGUUAGUCACUGAUAUCUUUUCCCUUCAAAUAAAUGUAUUAAUUAGUCAAUUCUGAUGAGAAUGUAGGAGAUAAUCAAAUAGUGUAGCCUCUUUCAAUUAAUUUUUCAUUUUAUUUAUGCCA